UAGGUUUUUGUUGGAUUUGUAUGAUGUGUCGUUAUGGUGCUCUCUAGUGUCGGUAGCCUCAGAGUCUCAUCAUCUUGCUCAUGAUUUGGAUAGAUGUAUGAAGGGUUAACAAUAGUUGUUCAGUUUCUUGAUGUCUGUGUUUUUUAUGUGUGUUUUUUGUGUUAUUGAAUUUGAUUUUUUGUGCAAUAGAUUGGGUAGUUUUGACACGAAGAAUUGGAGGUUUUCAUAUAAGGCUCUGAUUGUGCUUGAAUACUUGUUGACCCAUGGACCAAAGAGUGUUGCAGAGGAGUUUCAGAGUGAUAAAGAUGUUAUCUGCAAGAUGGGAAGCUUUCACUAUAUUGAUGAGAAAGGAUUCAAUUGGGGACUUAAUGUUAGAAAGAAAUCCGAGAGAAUACUGAAGCUGCUUGAAAAAGGGUCUGUUCUCAAACAAGAAAGGGAUAAAGCUAGGAAGCUAAGUAGAGGGAUUGAAGGGUUUGGGAGCUACUCGGAGAGGUCUUUUUCAGCACAGAGAAUUCUUACAGAAUCAGAGAGACUUGGAUAUGGAAGGUGUCAUUCUGAAUCUACUAGUCAAAGAACUCAGGAUGAUUGGUUUUCAUUCUCGAAGGACGAAGGUCCAUCCGAAUCAGAGCAUGAAAUAUCUCAGCAGACUCAUCUGGAAAAUGUGAAUUUGGUGUCCAUCAAGAAAAUGGAGAACUCCAACUCUAUGGGUGGUUUUAGUGAUGAUGAGGUACUUGAAAAGUUUGGUGCUAGAAUAAGUUCCAACAAACCGUGGCCAUAG